GUAUGGUUAUAAGGUUUCGAUGAAAGGCGUUUGUUUCAUUUCAUUGUUUGGCAGUUGGCAGUCGCGAUCAAAUACUUCACGUACAGUGUUUUGUGCAUUUGUGUCAUUGUAUCUCGAUUCAUUAAUAGUUGAAUUGAACGGUCAAGUCAAGUGUUACGUUGCUUUUUCCAGCAUCAAUUGAGUAUAGUUCAUCUGCAUCAGACAAUUUCGGUUAAAUCUCAUUUCUGGUGUACCUACAAUCGCUCGACGCUUUAAAAAGUGAACAGAACUGAAGUGAAUUUAUAGUGGAAUCUUGCCAUUUGCGUUAGAAAUUUAAUUCAGAAUGGAAUCCAGGCACUUGCAAGAACCCCUUCCUGUUUUUCAUCUCUCACCACGGACAUUACAAGAGAUGGCAGCAACGAAAUGCGCGUUCAUUUGCUGGCGAAAUGUAGUAAUAACGAAAAACAUCGACUCGGAUAAGAUUCAGGGCGCUGAUUGGUUUUGGGAGCACAGCUCAUUCAAUUGCGCUGAUGUCGCACCUUUUCCGGUCGGUGUCAGGUCUUUAAUCAAUCAUAAAAUGCGACUGAUUGGAAAAGAGCAUAAGAAUUGGUACGGUGAUCAUCCAUGUCUCAAAUUACAUCCCGGAGUUAUCGUGAAUUGUUUCGUGUUGAACCCUGCUGGCGAUAUUUGCUAUAAAAGAACAGCCAAAAAUUUACUAACAGCGAAUCCACCACUCAGUUUAAUGGAACAAUUCGAAAUCGCGUGUAAAUACUGCUUCGAGGAAGAUGUCGAGCGUUUGUGGGUUUUAUCAAAGAACAAUAAUCACAAUUUUGAUGACCCAUCGAAAGGUUUUGGCGUGGUAUCGUUAGACUUAGACUACGUCGGAGCCAUGGAUUAUUGGUGUUCAAAAAUGAGAGGCGAAUUGCGAGAAUUUUAUAAAAAAGCGAACGAAGAGCAGGAAAGAUCGCCCGAAUGGUUUGUGCUUUCAAAUCACUGGCGUACGAAUAUUACCAACUGGGCGCAAGUCGAAUAUUUCUGGAACAAAUUGAACCGCGAAGAACGAAUUUCCUUUGUACGAGUAUCAACGCUUUUAUUAGAUCCAAAAUUUACAAAACAUCUGAUACUGAAAUUGGAUGACGUGAUGCUCGGAAAUUUUACGACAUCUGAACUGAACUCGGUAUUUGAAAUUCUCGCCCAAGAUGAAUUAUGUGAUGAAUAUGCGUUACAACUUUGGAGCUACGUGAACGUAAAGAAAUUAAUUGUCGAAGAUAAAUCCACCUUUUACGAAACUUGGCUCAGUUUAUCAGAAAUGGCGUUUGAGAGUUCAAAUAAUUAUUGGUGUCAUAUUUCGCAUAUUUCGAGUUUACUUAAAGAAAUGUGGCUGUCUGCUUCAAUUGAUUUUAAGAAUUACGUCUUGAGCGAUCCUUCUCGUUUUGAAAUAUUAUUCAAGCGGAGUUUGGUAUGUGUAGGUAUCGGAUCAUUCGGUCGCGAUGUUGGUUUCUUCAUUGAACUUUUGAGUGAUGUUAGUUUUGAAAUUAGGCAACAUAUUUGGCAGUCUUACUGGCGUAACUUCUUUCUUCUUGCCCGAGUCUCAGAUAUACUUGAAUUAAUGACUUUAUGUUUCGAUAAUGCAGACGAUAUUGUUCGGUUUAAAAAAAAUUCUAUGUUGGAUUACGACGAAUUGCGAGAUAUUUUCACGGAAUUCAUCGAGGGCGAACUUUUUGACGAAUUGAUUGACUAUUUGAAAUUUUGUUGCUCCGAUGAUGUCGAUGAAAAAUUUGUGAGCGAGGUAAGAAGAAAUCUCGCUCUCGAAUAUUUUGAUCGGAUUACUAAUUGUGAUUCGGACACGGUUUUUUGUAAGUUUUUGCAGUUUUUCUACGAUUCUGUCUCGUCAGCAGAUUUAGCCGAGGUGUUGAAUUGGGAGUUUCAAGAUAAAGAAGCAAAUCUGUUAUUUAUGUGCAUUUUAUGCGACAAUGGCGGAUUGAGUAUUUUUACCAAAGCACUGCGUUAUUUCGAAUUUCCCGAUCAACGUGUAAUCGAAUUGAAGCGAUUUUUUUACGAACGAUGCCAGCAUGUUUUAAUGUCUGGCGAUUUCAAUUCAUUUUUUGUACAGGAUUGGGAGGAUUUUUUACUAUGGUGUACGUCGAGUGUUGAAAUUGUAAAUCGUUUGAGGCAUUCACUCGCGAUACGUGAUUUGUUCGAUCAUUUUCUUGUCAGCAUGCACAAGUUGUUCGCGGAUUGUCGGGAUACCCCUGUUGUGAAAUGUCGUAAUUCGUACUGGUCUGUUUCUUUUCUUUCGAUUGAUGGUCUUCUAAGGUGGUAUUUUAGAGAUAGUAAAGGUGUGGUAAUUGCGAAUGCGAAGAAUUUCAAGUAUGAUAGACUGAUGGAUUACGAGAAUAGUGAGGCGAUUAAAAUGUUGUUGAAUUUGGAAAACGAUGAAAUACUUCGAGAUAUAUUAGUUUGGUUUACUGAUAAUAACAGUUACAAAUUGAUAAAUUUUCUCUGGUCUAAUUUGGCAGUGGAAACUGUUCUUGGAAGGCGUUUUUUGAAAAAAAUCUUCGAAAAAAAUAAUUUUGAGUAGGUAUGUGCAUACCUGGGGAAUUCAGAUCAGUUCACAAAUUUGUUACUCUUGUAACUUUUUUACAUUUUCGACUUAUAUAAUUAUAUUUUUAAGUUUGUGUAUAUUUUAGUUUUUAUUACGUUUUAAAGUCAUUUUCAUGAAAUUGAUGGUGCGUUUUUCAAUGGUUUAUGAACCCCAUUUCGGGCCAUUUAUACUUUAUUUUUAGUUGCCUUUGCUAUAUAUUAUAAUACAUUUUUACAGU